AUGGUCACGUGCAUGAACUGCCACAAGUUUGUCACCGAGCUUCAGUUUGGUGGCUGGUGCCUCGAAUGCCUUGUCUCUGUUGGUAUUAAGCCCGAAAAUAUGGGUAGCCCGCUAGUAAACCGCUACAACAUAAUCCCUUCCUGCCCUGCCAUCAUCUCAAACCAAGGUCCUCAAGUUAACCUAGCUCCCCCGUUGACCGAGAAAAUACCGUGUGCUGGCUCAAAAGCCCACUUCCGCAAUAUCGGCAAAGCAAAACGCACCAAAAUUCCAGCCCCAACUCCUUUUUCCCGAAAUCCUUUGACUUCAGCCACACCAACUGAAAAUUCAAUCCGUAUGUUGAAGUGUGGAAUCAUUUUCUACCAGGAUGACAAGCCAAAGAAAACUGGCAUCAUGAGCUAUAUGCAGCAAGUGGACAUAAGUGUUCCUAAUUUGUAUCACACUCUUCAACAACAACUAUGGAAGUUGUUCUCCCCCGAGCUAAUUCGCAAGGAGCUAGUCGAAGCUCUUCCUAACAAUCCAAUCAAUUGUACAGCCCUAAGCGCUAACAAGAGUGUCCUCGAUGCCGAUACCCUACUGCUACUUGUUGGACAGUCCACCAUGAAGAAGCCUCUGCAAAUUGACUUGGUCUGCGAGGAUGGCGCAGGAGAAACCGACACAACUGAGAGAACCACUGCGACCGAGAGACCAUUGAGGAAUAGAGCAAAUCUUGAACCAAACAUAAUUACACCGCCAGUUGCCACUCAACCCAAUGAAGGUCUGACUUCCCUUGCAACUUCUCGUAGUAAUGUCAAUGAUACUUUGUACAUCCCAACAACCAUCACUGCCAGGCCAAAUGAUGGUAAUUGGGCGCUUGGUGGUACUUCUGCUACGGUGCCUGCUCGCGGACGUGCCAGCCUCUCGACUCACAUGAGGCACCUCGGACGACCCCUGUCCAGCUCACUCAACAUCAACCCGGGAGGUUGGGUGCUCGCCAAUAGGCUCAAGUUUAACCACCUCGACGUGGAAAUUGGCCGUAACAGUCACUCGCUUCCAAGAUACCAUCAUCUGAAGGCAACUACUGUUCCAGAGACUGUCAAGAUUGACCGCAACUUGGUUCUAGGCUCUCCCAGUGAGAUCGUACCUAACAUCUCUGAAUCAAGUCAGCCUCCAGGAUCAGUCAAAUCACCUCCAGCUACCAACUUGCGCCCCACAACUGGGUUUGGUACCAACACAAUCAACCCUGUCCAUAAUCGUGUUGCCAUCGCAGGACUACUCAGCACCGAGCUUGAAGACGGAAUUCUCCCCAGCUUGAAUUUCUUUGGAUCUGAACUCAACCAACCCACUGAUGACCGGGCUGUGAACACCAGCGAGAGAUAG